AUGCCGACUACUGCACGGCGCGCCCUUUGCUCCGUGGACAAUCUCCAUCGGCAGAGCUUGGAGUGGAUUCGAGAUGAACAUGUCGCCGAGGCCAGGUUUUCCGACUUUGCUACGCGCACGUUUUGCAGGGCGUGUCGUGCCCCGAUGACCAUGGUUUACGAGGCGGCGCCAGACGAAGCUGGCAUCGUGGCAACAACCAUGGACGAAGCCAAGUCUAGUGGUGCUAUUCCACGGGUCGAGCGCCACGUACAUGAGCGUGACCGGCCAAGUUGGUGCACGAUAUCGGAUAGUGGUGCUCAGUAUGAGGGCUUGCCGGGGGACAUGAAGCACGUCAAGACGUGA